AUGGCUGCUGAUCGUUUAAGCUCGCUCCUGAGCCACCUCAAGCCCGGCGCCGCCAACGGCCUCGCUGCUAUUACACAGAAGAACCCCGACGAUGUGGUCAUCACCCUCGCGAUUCGCACACCGCUGACCCGGGCGCGUAAGGGUGGAUUCAAGGACACAGAAUUGGACUAUCUCCUCUACGCCCUGUUGAAGGAGACUCUGGCCAAGUCACAGAUUGACCCUGCUCUGAUUGAGGAUGUCUGCCUCGGCAACGUCAACGAAGUCAAGGCCGCCUACAUGGUCCGCGCCGCAGCUCUUGCCGCCGGCAUCCCCCACACAGCCGGUGCCUCAACAGUGAACCGCUUCUGCUCGUCUGGACUGAAGGCUGUGCAGGAUAUUGCGAACCAGAUCUCGAUGGGCGCCAUCGACAUCGGUCUCGCUAUGGGUGCCGAGCUCAUGUCCGCUCCUGGUGAACGCCUGGAGAAGCCAUUCAACGAGGAGGUCCUGCGCAACCAGGAGGCUGCCGACUGCAUGCAGCCCAUGGGCCAGACAUCCGAGAACAUCGGCAAGGACUUCGAUGUCCCCCGCGAACAGCAGGACCGAUAUGCUGCCGAGUCUUUCCGUCGUGCUGAGGCUGCUCAGAACAACGGUUGGUUCGCUGACGAGAUUGUUCCUAUUCCUACCAAGGUUAAGGACCCCAAGACUGGCGAGAUUACGGAGGUGAUUGUGUCCCGUGAUGAUGGUAUCCGUCCUGGUACGACCUUCGAGUCGCUUUCCAAGAUUCGCCCUGCGUUCCCGCAGUUCGGUGACAAGUCCACUGGUGGAAACUCCAGCCAGGUCACCGAUGGUGCCGCGUCUGUCCUUCUCAUGCGCCGCUCCAAGGCUAUCGAGCUGAACCAGCCUAUCCUGGCAAAGUUCUGCGGUGCUACCGUUGCCGGUGUGCCCCCUCGCGUUAUGGGUAUCGGCCCAACUGCCGCUAUCCCCAAGCUGUUGAGCAAGUUCCAGCUUGACAAGAAUGAUAUCGACAUCUACGAGAUCAACGAGGCUUUCGCCUCUAUGGCUGUCUACUGUGUCAACACCCUUGGUCUUGACCACGCCAAGGUCAACCCUCGUGGCGGUGCUAUUGCCAUUGGUCACCCUCUCGGCGCAACAGGUGCACGCCAAAUCGCGACCAUUCUGAGCGAGGCUCGCCGCACAAAGAGCAAGAUUCUGGUCACUUCCAUGUGUAUUGGAACUGGUCAGGGUAUGGCUGGUCUCUUUGUUAACGAGCAGCUGUAA